UACUAACGUUUCCGGGAAAAUACACCGAUUUUAUAAAUUAUUGUUGUUUUAUUAUUAUUUUAAGGAUAUAGCAAAUAUGUUUCGUGCAUUAUAUGAUUAUAAAACUGAUAUGCAAAAAUAUCUAUCGUUUGUGACUGGUGAUCAAUUUACAGUACUUGACAGUUCACAAAAAGAUUGGUAUUUUGCCCAGAAUGGGUUUGGUGAGAUUGGAUUUAUUCCGAAGAAUUUCGUUGUGAAAGAUCAGGUCAGUGACAGUGAAAUUCUAAAAUCAGUUGACAGAGCCAUAGAGAUAAUUCAUUAUGAAGCAAGCACUAAGGGAGGCCAGUACACACAUGUCCAGAGGGAAAAUCUCAAAAAGUUAGUUGAACAUAGAGAUAAUGUACUACACUCUAGUAGAAACACACAAGAUAAUUCAGACUGGGUUGUUGUUCCAGAUUCUACACAAGUUUCAACAUCUUCAGAUAUUCAGCCAAAGCGUCGUUCUGCAAGAAGGACCGCUCCCCCUCCACCAAAGAGAUCAUCAGGGGAAAUAACUACAAAGAAAGAACAACAGACAAUUACUUCCCCUGUUCAAGAUACUCUUCAUGAACAGCAAAUAUCAUAUAAUAGCACAGAAGAUGAAGAAGUCAUUGUAAUAAAUAUGCCUGGUUGUGGAAUGAAAUCUUCGGACGAUGUUGCAGAUUCUGUAACAAAUGAAAACAGUGUUGUAUCAAAAACAGAUUCUUCAACCAAAACAGAUAACAUUCCAUCAACAGACUGUGCCACAAGCCCCAUGCCAUCUCCUUCAAAAUUACACACAUCUGUAACAGAGAAUAAAUCUAUAAAUUGUAGAACCAUUCCAAUUCCAAGUCAGCUUGGUAAUGAUCUGAUUGAGGAGAUAAGAAAAAAUACCGGUCUAAGUUACAAGAAGUCCUGUAUUGCUGUGGAAACCGUUUUAAGUCAAAUAGGGAUUAAAAUUCCAGAAGUUUCUAUUUUGAUGGAUAGAAUUCAUGGCACUUUGUAUGAGAAUAAUUCAGAUAAACAAGAGGAAGAGACUAGUUUAGAUUACGAACGUUUAUGUGAAUUGUUUGCGGAGCUGACUGAAUGCAAGGAUGACUCGCAACAGCGAGGAUGGCAUCUUCACGAGGACGAAGAUAUAAUAAACAACAACCUGGAAGAAAUGUUGUCUAUAUUGGAAAAUGCCAAACAGUCAAUUGCAAAGAAAGCCUUGGCUAAGGACAGUUAUGAAGGAGUAUACAGUCUUGUGCAAUAUUAUCAAAUGGAGAAUAGAUUGAGGUUAAAGCUUGUAUUGCUGCGUGUGUUUGGAGCUAUGUGUUCAUUAGACAGUGGAGUUAUCUCCCUUCUAUUGUUUUCUGUUCUCACGACGGAACUGGCUGACGAGCUUCAACAAAACAUUGAAGAUUUACAGAGAAGUAGUUAUGUGUUACUGUUGUUGUGUAUGCUGUUCUGUACUGGAGAGCCUGUUCCUGCAAAUCUACAUGAUCAUUUAAAUGCGGAAUUUCUUCAUUUUGUCUUCAAAUCAAUGGAUAACCCAGUAUCUGUAGAGCAUGAAGAACAAGUGACAGAGCUUCUUGUUAACUUUAUACUGGCAUUUAACCUACAUUUCCAUGUACCAGCUGAUAAUCUAGUCAUGAAAGUGAUAGAGGAGAGGAAGACUGUAAAGGUUUUCACAGAAAAACUUCUUCUUCUCUUCAACCGAGACGAGGACCCGGUGCAGAUGUUUGAACAUCAACCCCAACCUGCCAACUCAGUGAUGAAGAUGUUACAGGAUAUGUACAGUUCACCAAGCACAGCUGAUAUACUCUACACAAACGAUGCCAGAGUUCUCAUCGAUAUAAUCAUGAGACAUCUAAUUGAUCUUCCACCAGGGAAUAUGCUGAGGAGUGCCCAUCUGAAGUUAAUGCAGCUGUAUUUACAAAAUGCCGACUAUGUCGAGCACAAACAUAGAUAUGCCGAGCUGAGUGAGUGUUUACACAGAAUACACACAGAGGAGGAAGACACGGGGGAUGAUAAACAUUUGGUGGCAUAUAUCUUUACACAGCUCAACUUGUUUAAUGAUUAAUGGGUCUGAUUCCAUGUUAAUUUUCCCCUUAAACUUUGUUAUUUUAGACUCAAAGUCUUUCUUAGUAUGAUAGAUGCAUCAAGGAAGGUGUUUGGAAAGUUUGAAAAAAGAGAUUUAUUACUGAUUUUAACUUAUUUCUGUAAAUCUGGCCGAUAUUGAUAUAUUUAUAUAUUAUAUUUGUAAACAAA